CAAUUUCAAAACUGUAUAGAUCCAAAACAAAGUUGAUAAAGUACAUGCUGACAUCAAGUUACUGUUAUUUUUAUGGUUAUGUGGUGUUUUAGAGCACAAUAACUGCUAAAAGGUAUCAUUAAUAAUACUGUAAAUAUCUGAUAGAUUGAACAUUCCAAAAUGAGUUCUCAAUAUCCAGAAUUAAAGGGCUUCUACCAUUUAAGAGAAACCAUAGGUUCAGGUGGUUUUGCUAAAGUAAAGUUGGCCUAUCAUGCCUUAACAGGUGAAAAAGUAGCCAUAAAGAUAAUGGAUAAAAGAGCAUUAGGGGAUGAUUUACCAAGAGUUAAAACGGAAAUAGCUGCCAUGAAGGAACUUUGUCAUCAACAUAUUUGUAAAUUAUAUCAAGUUUUAGAAACUGAAACCAGAUUCUAUAUGGUGUUAGAGUACUGUCCAGAAGGAGAAUUGUUUGAUUAUAUUGUAUCUAAAGAUAGACUAGAUGAAGCAGAAGCUAGAAUAUUUUUUAGACAGAUUGUAUCAGCUGUUGCUUAUAUACACAUUAAAGGAUAUGCUCAUAGAGAUCUAAAACCGGAAAAUUUACUACUUGAUGAGGAUCAGAAUUUAAAAUUGAUAGAUUUUGGUUUAUGUGCUAAGCCCAAGGGUGGUAUGGAGAAUCAUUUGUUUACAUGUUGUGGUAGUCCAGCAUAUGCUGCACCUGAACUCAUCUCAGGAAAACAAUAUCUUGGUGCAGAGGCUGACUUAUGGAGUAUGGGUGUUUUAUUAUAUGCUUUAUUAUGUGGUUAUCUGCCCUUUGAUGAUGAGAAGAUACCAUCUUUAUAUCGUAAAAUACAGAGUGGAAAGUAUGAAGUACCUGAUUGGUUAACUCCUGAAAGUUCUAUAUUAAUAGCUCAGAUGUUACAAGUUGAUCCCAAACGUAGAAUAUCUAUUCAACAAUUAAUCAAUCAUCCCUGGUUACGUAAAGGUUUUAACAUUCCAUGUGAAUUUGAAAGUAAAUAUAAGAUGACAUUAGAUGAAGAUUGUUUAACAGAAUUAGCAGUUCAUUAUGGUCAAAAAAGAAGAGAAAUGGAAGCUAAAGUUUCUGAGUGGAACUAUGAUUAUUUAACUGCUUCAUACUUCUUAUUACUGGAGAAGAAAAUGAAAGGUCGACCGGUUAGAUUAUUACAGAAACCAACAGCUACUGAUAAAUCUAAGGUACGACCAUUAAGUCUUGAAGAUGAUGGUGAAAAUUCUAACCAAUAUAUACUAACUCCUAAUAAUCGAGGUGUUAAUGGAUAUAGUGAUCAAAAACAGAAAGCUUCGAAGGAAGAACGGGUCAAGGGUCGUGCCAGGGAGAGACUAGAGUUUAGCGAAGACAAUAAGGAAAAUAAAGAAAAUGAAAGGAAUUUUGUGGUUCCAUUUACACCAAAGUCUCAAUAUAAAAAUCAGAAGACUUCAGCUUUAACGGAGCCACCAGCUAAACCCUUGUCACCUCUCAUGUCAAAACAACUACAAGUAGCAUUAGAUGAUACAUUGUGUACGCCAUCUAAAUCAGGUGAGAAAUCGUUUAUGAGUACAACUUUAUCACCAUCUCGAUCAUACGAUUCCCAGAUUAACAAUCUACCACCAGAUAAUCCACUUGGUGCACAUAAAAAAACUGUAUCAGUUGAUGAUGAACUAUAUAAAAUACACAUGUCUACACCUAUCAGUAGUCAGAAAUCACGUAAAGCUGCUGUAUUUGGUAGUUUAGAGAAGGUCUUUAAUAUGUUAACACCAAAGAAAAAUAAAGGCUCUACAUCAGACGGACCCAGAAAAGUCAAGGCUUUACACAAUGUAUAUAGAACAAAUGAAUUUAAUGCUGAUUACGUAUUGAACAGACUGAAAUCAACAAUAGAUGCCAAGUGUAUUCCCUUUAAACAAAGCGAUUACAUGUUACGAUGUACUGUUACUGAUGAUUGGGGUCGUGUUAAACUGGCCUUUGAUAUGGAAGUGUGUUCUAUACCAAAAAGUUCUUAUAUGGGUGUUUGUCGUAAACGAGUUAAAGGUGAUACUUGGCAUUAUAAGAAAUUAUUUGAAGAUAUAUUACAGACAGCUAGUCUAUAAAUACAGAAAAACAGUGUUCAGUGCAGAUUUUAAAAAAGAAUACAAUUAAAAUUUACAGAAACUGAGGUCAACAAUACAAGUUCCUGAAAAUGGAUUGAAAAUUAGCAGUAGCCAUAAUACUUGAAGUAUGAUCUUUGAAAACUGAACUUAUUUAACAUGAAAGUGCUAUUAUACAAGUGUUUUAGCCAACAAGUUUUAUUGCAUCGUAUCUUAUAUUUGUAUGGAUAAUAAAUUACAGAAAACAUUCAGAUUUUGCAUUGAUUUAAAGCAUAAUUUGACUGUAAGUAAAGUAAAAGGCUACCUCUUGCCCCAAUUAAAGAAAUCAUGUUAAAUUUAAGAUUUGUAUAUUUAUAUAUAUAUAUAUAGUGCUUCAAUCAAAUUAAUAUAAACAUUUUUGGAACAGGAACUGGGUACAAAGCACUCGUUAUUUUGUUGAUGUUCUUGUUCUACUUAUGGUGAUGCUCUCCGAAAAUAGCCUAAAAUUCUGCCAAUUAAACGUUGUUGGAUCAAGGAACUGGGUACCAAGCACUCAUCAUUUUGUUCUUGUUCUACUUGUGGUGAUGCUCUGCAAAAAUAGUCUAAAGCUCUGCCAAUUCAAGUACCAUCGACAUGAAACUUGGCAUGCUUGUUCCUUGGACAAUCGCGUGACAAUUCCAAGAUGGUGGCCAUGACGUGGUGCUCGGUUCUCAGUCCAUAGUAUCAUGUACCUGUUUUUCUUUUUGUAAAAAAACAUAAUAUGCAUGUUUCAUUAUAAUAAGUACCCUCGACAUGAACUUGGCAUGCUUGUUCCUUGGACAAUUCCAAGAUGGCGGCAAUGAUGUCAUGCUUGGUUCCCAGUCCAUAGUCUCGUGUACCUGUUAUUUUUGGGGUUUUUUAAAAAACAUAAUAUGCAUGUUUCAUUAUAAUUUGAGAUAAUUAAAGGCAAAGUGUAUUGUUAAAAAAAAUCAAAUUAAUAUCUGAAUAUUGUCUACCUAUAUGCAGUAAGAAAAUGAAGUGUUAGAGAUUUGUAGGAUAUUAUACAUAUUAGUUUGAUAACUGAAAUAUAUAAUUUUAGUUAUUUAAUAUCUGUUUUAAUUAAUGCACAUUAUAAUACUGUGUCUUAGAUGUAUAUAAUAGUAUUUUACUUGAGAUUUUCUUGGUCAAAAAUAUUUAUUUUUGUUUCUCACUUUUCACACUUCUAUAUUUCUGAGAAUAUUAAAUGUGAUAUAUUACUACACAGUUAUCUUUGAAAUAACAUUUAAAUUCAUGUCUUUAAUAAUUAUUUGGUAAUUCCUUAUUAGAAUCUUUUGUGUCAUUAAUACUUCAAAGAUACCAAAGAUACAAGGUCAAUUAAAAUAAAAUUAUUUAGAAUGCUUAGUUGCGAUAGACAUCUAGAUGACAAUAAUUGUAGUCUGGUUGAGAUCCUUCUCAGUUUCCGUCCCCCUCCUGUAUCAUAGUGUAGCCUUGCUAUUAGUGUGGACUGUUUACUCCUUAGCUAUUUUUUAUUAUUCUGUCAUUAAAAUAUUUCAUUCCACUGAUUUUAACUUUAAAUAAAAAACUACAUCUUUUGAAUAUAGUUGAUACUAUAUGUGUCUGGUUUAAGGAAAUGGGUGUUGUAGAAGUUGUACAGUGUUUAAAAACUGGGUAAUAUUUGGUUGUGAGAAGAUAUUUGUUGUUUUUAUGUUCUGGGUGUAUGCUAUCUUGUCUAACCUGAAGAUCUUUCUGUGUUAAAUCUGUAAUGAAAUAUAUAUAUAUAUCUUUAUUUCUGGCAGUUCUCACUAUAAUAGUUAAAAACUAAAUAAUGUAAAGAGAACUUGCUGCAAAUUUCAGUCGAAUUGAUCCACUCUGAACUGGGAUUUUAGUGAUUGAAUAUUCGGCCUAGCCUCGAUCAUCAUUACUAAAGUGGUACGAUAAAAAACAUAGUCUUGAUUAUCCAUUUCAUGAUUAAAUCAGAAGCAACAGACCGGUUCUAAUCCAGUAAAGAUCGCAGGCUAGCGAUGCCAUCGAGAGUUGAUUAUUGUCUGGAUAAUAAUGUCUAAUUAAUAGUUUAUAUAACAUUUCAGGCCUAAAGAAAGACCUGCAAUAGACAGAUUUAGCUUUUGCAUAAUGUAUGUUCAAGUAGAUAUGUUAUGUAGAGUUACAUAAUCGUUUUUUUGUAACAGGUUUAGUUAAAAUAAGAGUUUAAAAUCAUGUUUGUACACAUGUGUGAAAUCAUUCCCGUACAACUGGACUAGGAUUAAACUAACCAGAAGAAAUGAAAUAUAAGUCUGUCUUAGAUCUAUCAACAGACACUUCUAAUAUAUGUACUUGUGCAAUAGAAAUAUAAGUUUAAUGUUCACAUCUUGUAUAUAAUGUAUGUACAAUUGUUUUAACUCUCACUAUAUGUAAUCUCUCUCUAAUGAUAUAAAAUAUUUCCUAAUUUCUCACAUAUAUUUAUAUAUUUACUUCUUAUAUGUUUGGUGGACAAAUGUG